GGUGAUUAGAAUCUCGUCGUUGUUCGCGGUGGUGGUUGUUCUACACGUGGUGGUGGACAUGGUGGAGGUGGGUUAGGAGGUGGGUUCUGAAGUGGUUGAAUGGCCGGUGCUCGUUGCAGCCACCAGGGGUUUUCUCUUCCCGGUACGGUGCGAUAUCCUGCAAAGCGAAACCCGAGGAGCAACUUAAGGUCAGCAAAUACUCUUUUUUCAACAUUUGAUAUCUCUCGACCGGCAUCAUGUCUGAUUACGCCAGAACGGGACAGUAAUGCUCUUGCCGUUCGGAACAAUCCUUCAGCAUAUAGGAUGUACCUUCUCACUGGGACCUUGUUGUAAUGGCAAUUGACGCCGAAUUGAUGAGGAUUAAACAACUGCCUUUCCAACACGUGGUCCACAGCAUCAGAAGCGUUGUUCAUUCUAACUCUUAUUUCCAAGCGGAUGCCACCGACUAGGUGAUGAUUAGUGGAAAGAACAUUCAUAAUGGAAUUUAGGGUGUCGAAAAGGGCUGAACCUUGGCGAGUGGUUAUGGGAGAGGUAAGUGGGUCAGGGUGGCAGGCUCUCAGCAGAUGAAAUAAUAGGCUAUAAACCUUCAUAGAGACUACUUCCUCUGGUUCAUCCAUGGAAAUGGUGAUGUUUCCUCCAAGAAGUCAGCGGCGGUUUAGGGUCAGGGGUGUCAGAAUAGGGUAUUGGUCGACGGUGACGCCUGGAGGGAAAGGAGCCGUGGCCUUUAACAGGUAUAUGAAUGGCUCGCUGUGGGAAACAGAAAUGUCGUACUCGUUCUCGGGAUAUCCGCUGUUUGUUGCUGCACAAAGGAGAAGGUCUCUGGGUAAAGGAGGUAGCUGGUUAAGUGGUUGUUUCAUCCCGAAGUUGAUAAUUCGUAUGAAAGCGACGCCUGCGUGUCGAAGGCCGGCGAUGAAGGUGGGAGUCGGUAUGGGUUUGGUAUUGCCAAUUAUAAAAUGUUUUGCUUUGUCUCCAGCAGGCAGGACAACAUGGCCAUGGUGAGAGAAGUAAGCACAUAACUGGUGGCGUACAACAUUACACAACAUUGUGAGAAUAAUACACGGAUUCCAGGCUAGGAUCAUGAAAUUCCACGUUUCUCGAUGCCACGAUCGGCCUUUUAGUGUUCCAAGGUUGAUUGUGUUGCUCGUCAUCAACAGGUAAGUUUACGGCAAUAUGGUCUAUAUCGACAUCUUCCUCUUCGACAUUUCUCUGAAGAAAACGCGGAUUUUCUUCACGAAAGACGAAAUCUGCCAUCUAAAGAAGAAAGAAGAUAUUUUAGGAUUUUUAAAGAUUUUUAAAGAUUUUAUUUGAUUUUUUUUUUUUUUUUUUUUUUCCUUUCAAAUUUCAUCCAGUUUUUUUAAGAGGUCAGAGGUGCAAUUUUUAAUAUCAAAUUACAUGAAAUUGGAUAUGCAUAAUUCAUGACCUUUUAAGUUCGUUUUGUAAUAAAAACCAUUCCAUUAGCGACUAGGGUUAGUUAAAAGCAUAUAUUUAUGAAAAUUUAUUACAAACUUACAUUUAAUGCGGUCCAAAUAAGUGACUUUAGGCGAACUUUUUUAAUACACUGUUGCUUUCGUUUUCUACAAUAGGAUAGGAGGCAGUUUAAUGGGUUUAGGGGGUCAAAUGGGGGAUAAUAGGUGAUUUACCGCGAAAAUUUUUAGGGUUAGGGUUACUCUAGUAGUAAUGCUACUAACCAUCGCCUAAAUAAUGAACUUAAUAGCAAUAAACCUAUACUAACGUUUAACAACUUUUAAUACCAGCUGUAUGAUAUCUAUCCAUAAAGCAGACAUUGUUGUCCACAUACUAUAAAGAAUUAAUUGUCCUAAUUGGCACUUGAAAGAGAUUAAAACUGACGUCAAUAGACAAUUUUUCAUACCAUUCCUUGACUGUGGCAUUUCCUACGAUGACACUUAUAUGAAACCACUGGAAUAGACUCGACAUCAUUGCAUGGUUGAUCAACCUUUCUAAUUACCUACAGUUGGACUGUUAAAACAGAGCCUGAUGUUUUUGGACAUGCAUGUACCUAAUAUGUUUGGAUGGCUAACAGCAAUAGUUUUAAUAAUUCCUUUACCUAACACUAAUCCUCUAUGCAUGUCAACAUGCAUGUUACACCUUAGGCGUCAUAUGCAUCCCAUGUAGAAUUAUUCAGCUAUGAUCAGCGUAUAACGUACCAACUUAUUCCCAGUCCCUAUUUAUUUUCAUAUGACCAUUGGUUCCUUGUCCAAGUAACACGAACAUGCUUGUCAGGUUUUAUUAGUAUGUUAUGUAAAUAUUAUGGUUACUCGAAUCCUCCAUGUGACAAAUUAAGACCUACUACAGAUAACGAUUGUUCGAUCAUAUCAUAUCAUCAAUAUUAUUAUCCUUGUUUGGCUUUGUUAUAUAUAUACAUAUUCAGUUUUUUGGUCACUGUAUACUCAUAAUUUUUAUAUGUACAUAUUCAGUUUUUGGUCAAUGUAUACUCAUAAUUUUAUAAGAUCAAACCCUGCACGGUGUAAUUAUUUAUUUUAUUUAUUUAUUUUUUAUCCCUAUUGAUCACCUCUUAUUGCCAUACCUUCCUACCCCUAUCUAAUCAGCCGGCUUCACCAUAUUAGGAUGCAAUCACCUUCACUCACAUGAUCAUACUAUGAUAUAAAUCCUACCCCACCCCUACCAUCACUUCAUUCAUACUCACUGUACUAUUGAGUAAGCUACAAUUGAAAGGAUCAAUUCAUUGCUCCACUUUAAUUUUAAAAAACAAAAAGAUGAGCACCAAGAUGUGUGGUGUUGGUAUGUCUCGCAAUAACAAGACAUUUGGUAGGAUAAUGUGACUUAUAAUAUGCAGUAGUUUUAUCAUUUCUCACUAUCCUUCAACCUUUCAUUUUUGUUACUGUGCCAUUACUUAUCCGAACUCCUAAAUUCUCCUUCAUUCUCUUCUGCAAAAUUCACCGAACUCCUAAACUCUCCUUCAUUCUCCUCUGCAAAUUCUACCUAUACACCCACUUUAAAAAACCUGCUGAAGAAGACUGUUAGGUCGAAACGUGUACAGGGUUGCCUCUCCCUUAUCUCUCUACUUAUCGUUUCCAAAUAACCAAUUCACCCCUCCUUCAGGUUCUAUAAUCGUUAUUGCCGUAAUUUAUCACGUACUGCAGUUCAUACUAUUGAAGUUGAAGUAAAUAACAAUAAAUUUGCAUACUGGUCCUAUAAUGAUUUAGGUUACACAAUGACUCACACCAGUACUUGUCCCAUUACCUAUUUACACCAAAACAAAUGUAAAUGAAUAUAAACUCUACGUCUCAAUUAAAAAAGUUAGAAAGAUGCAAAAUUUGGGCAGUGUUUAUAUCUGCGGGCGCCCCUUUGUAUGAGCAGAACUGAUGCGCCGAACAGACUUUAAGGUUUUGGUAAGUCAACCUUAAUUGAAUUACCUGUAUAUGUGAUUAUAUUAUUAAUAUACCUAAAUUAAAAUAUUUUUUAGCUGAGGCUAUAAUAUGUAGGCUACAUUGAGCCUCAGCUAACAUAUUUUAAGUUAUCGUAAGUGUCAUCUGAUAUAUGAUAUCAUGAUAAUCUUUAAUCCGUAACAAAACCACAAGGAUACGUGUACAAUACAACCUGUGUCUGUGAUACAAUCAACACUAAGACAAGAUACAGCAUUUCAUUUGGAAUAUUUAAAUUUGGGCAUUAUUAUUUGGUUAAUGGAGGAAAAGUGUGAACAAAAAAUAUGGACAAUUUUAUAUUUGAACUAUGUAGCUCAUAAAUGUGUUCUUCAUUCUGCUGACAACAAAGUCAAAGACGAAGAGGUCAAGAAUACAAUGAAAAGGAAAAGACGAGAAGGCAAGAGAAAAAAAACACAAGAGAAGUAAACACAAGAAACGAAAACACAUUAAAACUGAUUGCGAUGCUGACAGUGGUGAAGACACCAAAAUCCUCGUGUCAGAUCAUGAAGACAAGAAAACCGAGACUAGAAAUGACAAAGAGUCCGAGUAUCCAUCUUUAAAACGGCAGAAAUGUAUGUACAGUGAAAAACUAUUAGCCUUUAUGUCUAGAACAACCUAACAUAUAUAUAUAUAUUUAUAAAUAAACAAUACCUUCCAUAGUUUGAUGACUGUGGCUGCAGUAUCCUGAUGGAUAAUUUCUUCAGGGUUUGACUGGAGUUUAUCUGGGAGAGUAUUUAGCAACUUCUUCUCUGCGCCCAUCAAUGAUGUCCAAUUCAGCUUUCCGAUUCCUUUACCAUCAUUCCGUUUCUCCCACACACUAAAGGUUACACCACUGCUAUUUAUGAGCUGUGUGCUUUUCUGUAGGUUGACCCCUUUGGGCUCCCCCUUCUUGUUCAAGAAGUCUUUCUUAUCAUCUUCUAACUCCAUAGCAUCCUUUACUAUAUCUGUAACUCGAAGAGGAUGCAGCUCAUCAAGAACAAUAUUGGAAAGUGGAACAUUCAGCAAGGGCAUAUCUUCAGAACAAAAUUGAUACAGCUAACCUUGUGCAUGCAUGAAAAAUCACAUUUUUAAAUGUGAUUUUCCAUAAAAAUGCAAUGAGAAAGAAGAAGUGAGCAGUUCUCACAUUCACAAUGAUUUAUAAUACCUUUGCUCCUUAUGAAUUGUGCACCACAAACAAGCAUAAUUUGCAUUUGCUGUGGCACAUCCACUAACUAGAAGGAGGAACUAGAAAACUAACACAUCAAAUAUAAAAUAAAUCUAUAGCUGCCACAAAACCGUUGUUGUGAACACUAAAGAGCAUUAUAAUAGAAAUAAUUAAUAUAAUUAGUGUAUUUUACCUUAUAGUCACCACCAAGAAAUAUUUCAACUGGUACCAGUAUGUCCUGGGUUGAUUUCACCUUCAUGAAUGACUUUGUUGAUCUCAUCCCAGCAGUCUUUAAAGCCAACCUUCAGAGACUUGUAACAUUCUGAGCCACUCAUUACUGCUAUAGUGUUUGUUCCUGGUUGAAGGAAAGUGCUUUAUGUUAAAGCAAAUAAGUUGGGUAAUUUUUCAAGAGUAGAUUCUUUUUCAUAUAAACUAUACCAGUUGCAACAAGCUACCCAUAUACCCUCAUUAGAGGUUUUUAUAGCAAGAACAACACUACAACACAGAUUGAUUAGUUAUAUGAUUAUAUACCUUUGGCAGCUAAAACAUCUUUUGAUUCAUCCAGCACACAAUAACUCAGAAUAACAUAAUUUGUUAAUCUGGUCAUUCUUGCUCCAUCACCACUUAUUUUCACUUUGACCUUCUUCUCACCGGCAGUAAGUUUACCAUCUUGAGCCUGAAUUUUAUGACAUGAAAUAAAAUCUGACUAGUCAGAUCAAGGAGUAUCAAAAGAAGUCACAGUAGAACAGGGAGAGAAAACUUGUUGAGGUUGAAAUGAAAAUAUAUAUGUGCAUCAGUGCAUCUACACUCACCAUAAGUUGCAAUUUGUUAACAAGGGAAUCCUUAAAUGACAAUUGUGCACCAGGUUCAGAUAGAUAGAGAUAGAUAGAUAGAUAGUUUAAUAGAUUUUACAUGGCAGCCGGAAUUGGCUGAAUUGCAUAAAAUUAACAAAACUUACAUAUUACAAGCAAAUUAAAUACAACACAUACAGAAUUACAUAUUAUUGAAUGUAAUAGUAUUACAUAUUAUAUGACAUCAGUGCAAAUUCAGAUAUGUCCCCCACCACCACCACCGCUAAAAUAGAGAUCAGGCAAAGUAAGCACAGCUACAGAGACCCAAAAACAUGCAUAAAAGCAAACGGUUGACGCGAGGCAGCGGCAAUGGUGGUGGAAGUCAUGUCAGAACCCCACCAAUAUCCUUUUAAACUACUCCUUUGACAUAGAAACGACAAAAGUGUUCCUAAAACGAUUUGUUCAUGUGGUGGGACAGUCAAAAUGUCGCUGUCUUCUCAGAUUAUAUGCCGAGAUAUUCUUGGGUGGCAGAAGAUGGUGAAGUUUGUUCAGGUUCUGGUCCUGGGGUUGGUUUUACAGCGCAAAUACUGCCCCUACAUUGUUUGAUCAGGUACGACCUGGGCAUCCCAUCAACAAUCAUAGACAAUUCAUGGAUGAAGGCAUCUCCCACAACAAACUUGUCCAUCAAAUAGCUUCCACCUUGCACUUACUAUCACUUGACAAUUUGUCAUACUGAUUCUUUUCUUCCGGAGGUGUUGCCGUUGGUGAUGAAGAUGUGGAAUGACUAUUGUUAGGGGUUAACUAUGGUGACCUGUUGGCUGUUGAUGGUGUUCCUAGGGAAACUGGUGAUGUGGCUUCUGAACUGGAUGAUGAACUACUCCAACCAUAUUUCUGCCCUUUGUUGUCUAAAAACUCCAGUCUGUCAAGUUCAAGUCCGAAGCGUUUUGCAAACCAUAACACUUUUUGGGCCCUUGUCCCAAGUGCUUGCAAUCGCCUGUUUUGCUGCCGUUUUGACAGGUCACCGAUAUUCUUCAUGCCUGAUGUGAUGUCCCCCUCAUUCCCUUUUCGAGCUUCCUUACAUACUUUUCAUUUCUUCAUUUUCAGACACCAGGUUUGAAAUUUGGGUUUCUUUCUCACUGUUCAUUUCAAAGAACAAACGUUCUUUCUCUUUCUCCAGGAUCUGGUACUGCUUCUUCCAUUCUUCCAACUCUUCAUUCAAAUUUUGCAAGCGUUACCUUAGACAUUUCAUUCAGAUACACAUCGUGUCUCCUUCGAACCUUUAGAAUUUAGCCUCUUGGCCUUAUUAUUAACAUUGCAACAUUGGUGCUUUAACCGGACUUCGACUCGCAGGGACGUGCUCUUGAUUUUGACGGAUCCAUCGGGAAUGAUUUCAUUGAGAAAGUCUAUGUAUUCUUCUGUUUGGACUUUGCGUUAUACCAUUGUAACAAAACGCUAUUGCGAAUAGCUAUACAGUACAUAACCUGAUCGCCUGAUAUGGCUUGUUUGGCAACAUAGGACAACAUAUUCGAUGGCAGAUUUACAUUUAUGAGCAGUUUCACAUUAGCCAAAGAAACGGUUGCAUCAGACAUUUAAAAGCUUGUUUCAUUUCGUCUAUAUGCUUCAGAAAAAUUACUCUAACUGCUAUAGACGCUUAAAAAUACUGUGUUUGUUGUUAUGGAUAUUGUGCGCAAUUAAUUAAAAUUUUGCGGGUUUCAAUACUUAUUAUAUUCCAGCCAUACGUGGAAAUGUUUAUGAAUAUAUAAAGUUUAUUGCCUGGAGACUAAGGCACAGACUAAGGCUUGGUCACAGAGCUUGUCAUUGCAGUGAAAACAAGCAAAAUGGAGGCAUAUUCUAAGAAGAACGACCGACUUUUGGUUUGUUUAUGUUCGCCAAUUUGGGUGAGUUUUUGUGAUGAAUUUUACGGCUGGAAUAUAUCGAAAUUGCACUAAAGUUACUUUAAAAUACCGAACUAUGUAUAAAUAAUAAUAAUAAUAAUAAUAAACGUCUUUAUUUUACUACUCAAAUCAAACGUCGGAGUUUACAUAUUAAGAAUAAAAAAUUAGAUUCUUACUGUUAUUUACAUCAAUUUUUAGUACUUUAAAAGUAUAAGAAUAUAGAUAUAUAGUUUAUAUAAAAUUGAAAAGACAUCUAUUUAUAAAUGCAUUUUUGAACCUCUCAGUUUUAACAAUUGGUAGUUCAAAGUCAUGAGCCAUUUCAUAGGUUUUCUCCAUGUUUAAAGACAUUCUAUUCUCGUUUGACCAUAGCUUCAUGUUUUCUACUUCAUCCCCAGCUGAGUCUUC